AUGACCCUGGAGCCCAAGGAGUCACAGGUGGAGCUGGCAGACGAUGACCUGGACACACCCACCUCCAACUCCUCCAUUGUCACCUCCACCAAUGGCAGCUCCACUACAGAGACAGAGGCACCACAACACACAGAGGUUCCCAGUCUUUAAUAUAUUUAUCCCCUAUGGAAUAUUUACUUGAAUUACAGUCAUCAUCUAACCUCAGCCAGUUGAUCUCUACAGUACAUCUCUCCCAGGAUCAUACUGUAAGCAUUCUCUACUGUAAUCUGAAGCAAGGAUGAAUCCUUCAUUAUAUCUCCAAUAAAACACCAUCCCUGUGUAUUAUGAUUUAUGUCAGACCAAUGGGAAAUAAUAAUAAACUAUACUGUGUAAUACAUCUGCAGCCGUGGUGAACCAUGAUGUGUUUUCAAUCUGAGCCAUCCGCCAGAAUGUAAAUCUAAUGGCCUCAGACAGCUUUUUGAACUGAAGGCUGUAUUGUGCCAGGCUGCCAGAAUUUCCCUUGGGGAAGUAGCAGCUAACACUAUUGUAUCUCAGGGCCAGAGAACACCACAAAGCUUUUCCUAGUGUAGAGAAUGGCUUGUGGGUACUAUUUCCACAAUACUAUUCAUUAGACUAUUUGAGUCAUCUGACUUCAUACAUAUUUACAUCAUAUUCAUAGUUGCGCAAGAUAAAAACACAGAUCGCAUGUUGACCUUGGUGGUUGUGAAACUGUUAACAUCAAAAUCCACUUCCAUCAAACAGACCAUUUUAAUUUCCUGCAAUUUACUCUAGUACUCAACAGUAGCUGGACCUCAGCUUGUUUCAUCACAGUCCAAUCUAAACUAAUUUCCAACUGGGGAAAACAUGAUUCACUGGCAGCCAAGCAGAAUUCAUUAUCUACUGGCCUAGCUCAAAGCCAGGAAUCUGUUGUAAUAAAAAUUAUGGAUAAUAUGAGACAAGAGCUUGUGGGGGAUUUUUGUUUUGUUUAAUGUAGGGUUAAAUGUCUAUCAAACUGUGCCAUGUUGUGCUCUCUGCUGUUGGGGAAAAAGUUCGUAGUAGAGUUUGGUGGUAGUUGUAGAAGUGCUGUAGUAGUAUUGAUAAAUGUGGUUGUGGUUAUUUGAGGCAGUGAGUGCAGCUUUAGGAUGGCAUCUCAUAGACUUGGCUGAGCCUGUGGUGGAGAUAUAAUAUUAGAUCCCACAGUGAGGCAUUCUGACUGGUGUAUUGAGAUGAACUGUGUACCUUCCUCUCUACAGGACCUCAAGGCUGUGGAACUGGCGAAUGACCACGCAGACACUCCGAACACCCCAGACACACCCACCCCCCAGCUUCCUCCAGCCCCACAGCCUCCCCCGGUUACCCAGGUUCCCAUGGGUCCAGGCAACCCAUCUCUGCAGCCCAGCCCCCUGACCAACGGCCAACACUCCUCUGAGUCCCUCACCCCCCUUAUCACAACCACUGCUACCAUCACCACUCUCCCCCCUCCCUACAACAACACCAACCGUGAUCCCAACACAGAGAUCCCUGAGAGGCAGAACAACAUCUACACCCUCCCUGACCCUCCCUUUCCAGGCCUUGGAGGUGACAUGUGUUCUGGGUAUGGCAGCCUGUCUAGAGGAGGUGUCCAUCACAGCUCCCUCCACACCUACUGGCCCUCCAGGAACUACCAGACCCAGCCUGGAGGCCACUACACCCUGCCCCUACCCAGGGACAACUACGGCCAGGUGGGCCUGACCAACCAGACCGAGGGGGAAGGACCAGGGGACGCCCAGGAGGUAAAGGCUGACUAUCCCACCUCCAGCUACGCCACCCUGGGGGAAAUCCACCAGCUCAGACCCAUCACUACCAUGGAGCUCCUGAUGGAACCUUCCAGAACCAGGUUAGGAUAUGGGCUAGCUAGUUCGGCACCUGCAUGACAGUAGAACUCCCUAGCAGCAGAUCCAAGCUAAAAAGACUGGUGACCUUGUUAUCUCAGCUCUAUGGUAGGUGACAGAAUCUAUUGAUUCAUAGUCAAGUCCUUUAUUCUCAUUAAAAGGAGUUAUUUACAUUCAGAGAAUGGACAGUAGUAAACUGACAUUUAAUGUGUGCUGCACAAAUAUCAAUACCCUCUCUGUAAAUUAGUUUACCCUUAACAAAGGCUAAUGCUUUUCUCAAGACAGGGCAUUGAUUUUUGCUGUGUGUUAUUAGUCAUUUGAAAAUGAGGGCACAUUCUGUGUAAUGUUUGCUACUGACCAAUAGAACAGGAGUCCUACACGCUAUCAUUAUCUUCAUUCACAGCAUAAAUGCUGUUUUCAGUGAAGAGAUAACACUGUAGAAUACACUUCAUCAUACACUGACCCUCGAAAUGAUGUAGCUUAUGAACACUUAAAAAAAAGAGGAGACUAGAAAAUCACACUAUACUACUCAACACAGCUCAGUAUGGAUUGAAACUACAUUAGUGAAUUUCCAUAUUGCAUUCCAUAGCGUUGAGCUGUAGGAGAUGCUAACUGCAGUAGUCCAUGUGGUGUCAACAUGGUGAGGAGGGCGAGACAGAUGGCCAGCAGUUUAGGAGCAGGUGGUAACAAUCAGAGGAGGCUGCCUGCCACCAGUCAAUAAAUAAGGAGGUUUUACCUGUAUUACUGACUGACAGCAGCACUUUCCUCAGCUCAUAAGCUGUGAAUGAGCUGUUUACAGAGGAUUCUGGACACUCUGGCGCUCUAUUUCUUCCCCAUCUAUCUUUUGCUCUCUCUCUUUCUCUCCAUCUAUCUGGAACUCAAGCUGUCGAGAUAAAAUAUCUGUUUGCACAACUGUUCAGAGAACAUACAAGAGCCAAUAACAGUGAUUGUUCAACAAAUAACAUCUAAUUGCUUUCUGUGCUUUCUGUCUGUCUCUGUCUACAUCUAGGCCUAUCUCUUUCCCUUGUCUCAGCCCCCCCUCCCCACUUAACCCCUCCUUCCCUCUCUAUUUCUCCAGAGGUGGGUACGAGGAGGCCCUCAUGUCCCAGGUGGAUGGGGACCCCACCUCCUUCUUCCAGGCCAUGUCUAGGGCCCAGAUGCUACAGUUCCCCCACAAGCGCUGCAGCAUGGUCAGCCUGGACAGCAUCCGUAAGGACCCCCGCUGGAGGGACCCCAACCUGAGGGAGGUCAUCACCAUGCUCAGCCACCCCAUGGACCCGGUUAAGUCCAACGCCGCCGCCUACUUGCAGCACCUGUGCUACGAGAACGACCACAUAAAGCAGGACGUCAGGCAGCUGAAGGGGGUUCCAGUACUGGUGGGGCUCCUGGACCACCCUAAAGCUGAGGUCCACCGCAAGGCCUGUGGAGCCCUGAGGAACAUCUCCUAUGGGAAAGACCACCACAACAAGGUGGCCAUCAAGAACUGUGACGGCAUCCCUGCCCUGGUCAGACUGCUGAGAAAGUCCAGUAACAUGGAGGUCAGAGAGCUGGUCACAGGUACAGUGAGCCUAUGACAAAGGAUUCAUCCUGAUUACCCAAACACCUUCUAUAUAGCAUUCAGACAAAUCGCGUAUUCUUUUACCUAUAGGGACCCUGUGGAACCUCUCCUCUCAUGAGCCUCUGAAGAUGAUGGUCAUCAACCACGGGCUCCAGACACUGACUGAUGAGGUCAUCAUCCCCCACUCUGGCUGGAGGAGAGACCCUACUGAGCACUCCAGACCCCAGGAGACAGAGUGGACCACUGUGUUCAAGAACACCUCAGGAUGUCUCAGGCACAGUAUAGCAGCUACAUAGAUGACACGAUCAUGGAACCUUACACAAGAGCUAUUGAGGGUUCAUUGCUCCCUAAAUUGGACGUUUCUAAAUUGGACUUAAUGGUAAAUUAGUUACUGAUAGCGAUGCUAUGCUAACUUCAUCCGCUCCACUAAUAGACCUGUGCUCCCCCAGGAAUGUGAGCUCAGAUGGGGCAGAGGCUCGCCAGAGGCUGAGGGAGUGUGAGGGGCUGGUGGAUGCACUCCUCCAUGCCCUUCAGUCAGCUGUCGCCCACAAGGAGACCGACAAUAAGGUGAACACAGACACAGUUGAGCACGUGUUAACCCCAACGAAAACACUAUAGCCGGAGUGCGAAUCAGUACAUUAACCUAAAGUAUUCUGGACCACAUAUGAGAAUCAGAUCUUCCCUAUAUUCUAUGCAUCUGCUGUCUUUGAUGAGCAUCUUUGUGUUGUUUAUGCUCCUCUCUCUCAGUCGGUAGAGAACUGUGUCUGCAUCCUGAGAAACCUCUCCUACCACGUCCACAAAGAGGUGCCGGGGGCAGAGAGAUUUCAGGAACAUGUGCCCAAUCACGUGCCAGGGUCAGGAGGGAACCAGAAGAAAAAGAAUGAGGCAGACUGUUUUGGAGGGAAGAAGCCGAAGGGUGAGUUGAAUCUGACCUCGUGACCUCAUGCAGUUUGCCAAACACGUAAUAGGAGUAGAAUUGUGGGAUUUCUGUUGUGUACUCUGUGUUGCUAUACUAAUGUCUUCCUUAUUUAUAUUUUGUUUUGUUCCCUUCCAUCCCCAUUCAAAAGAGGAGUGGUUCAGUCAAAGUAAGUCUGUCUGAAUGAAUGAUAUUUGACAAUCUGAAAAUCCAUAAUAAUGUUCUGUCAACUAUGAGAAACCAGGACCUCUGUGGUUGCUUGCCCUGUUGUCUGCCUCGAGACUUGAGCUUCAAUGGAAGACCUAGGGUUUUCUGACUCAUUGUCAGAAAAGAUGUCAUGUCUCUAUACAUUUUCAAUGUUUUGAUCUUUCCUAUUUAUUAUGUGUGUGUGUGUUUGUGUGUGUGUGUGUGUGUGUGUGUGUGUGUGUGUGUGUGUGUGUGCGUGCGUGCGUGGGUGCGUGUGUGUUUUGUCUAGACUGGAGAAAUGGACCAAGUGACAAAAAAUAUGGUACACUGGAUUUACCAAAACGCACAGAACCAAUGAAAGGUAUGGAGCAUCUUUAGUGAUCUGUGGAUCGGUCAAGAGUCAAGACAUGCAUUUACGUAACUUCAAGAAGCAUUCCAAAGACCUACAGUGUACAAAACCUUAACCUUGGCAUGAGGCAUCUGUAAAGGGUAUUUGUGCAUGAUGUAGAAUAGUUCCCAAUGUGUUAUAAUGUCAAGAAGUGGUUGGAUUGUAUUGAAAACAUUCAGACAUAACAGUAGGAUGUCUGAAUGUUUUGACAGAACUACAUGGUCCAUACAAACGCACCAUAUGUCAGUUACUGUAUGAAUACAAUACAAUAUGGAAUAGCUUGGUGUGGUUGCUGUGGCAACUCAAGAGACUUAUAUUGUGCAGAAAGUGUUUUGUGUUUGAGGUGGGGGGAUGGAGCAGUGUAGACGGCUAGUAUAGCUUAUAUUCACCGUCAAAUGAAGGGAAGAUUGAAUGUAUUUUGUGUCAUAAUGUGAUGAUAAGACACUAUGGCUGUCUUUUUUUAUGUCAAAUAUAAUGUGUGAUAUCCAGACUGUUGACAUGAUUACAAACUAGUCAUUGGUUUCUAUUCAGAAGUUCCCACAGAAGAUUAUACCUUAGUAAAGAAGAGAGUUGUAUAACUGAAUAGAUUAUACAACUCUCUUUUAUAUGGCAUUGGAAUCUGCGCUGUGGUUUGAAUAUAAUCAGAUACAUUAAUAUACAUAUACAUACAAAAUCAUUCCCUGGGCAUGGUUGAUGUCUUUUGAUGUAGAAGUCCAGACAGGUUCAAAGGGAAGGUUUGGUUAUGGCCCACCAGAGCUUGUGUGAGAAGGUUACUGAUGACACAGGGAACGGGCACUGCUGGAUGGACCUGUGUAGCCAGUCAGGUCUAAUACAGGUCUGUAGAAAGUCUUAUACCCUCCACAGAACCUGUGUGCCCAGCUGUGGAGCCAUCCCACACUCCUGCCAGCGGCUGCAAUCAUUGUGAUAAGCAGGUUACAGGCCUAGGUCAGGAUUAGACAGCACGUAAUCCUCCAGCCAGCAGCAGCCUACCAGCAGCUUCGGCUUCAGCUGGCUGAAUAUGGAUGGAAAGCCUCUGGAGGACAGCCUGUAAGAGAAUUCCUGAGUAUUUAGCCUCCUUCUAUACUCCAGCAUGGCAGCUGGGGAUGUGUGUGCAGCUAGAAGCCUCUCACUCUAGUAGAAUAGUACAGUCUGUGAAUGGUUGAAGUGAGUAGGGGUACAGUUUGUAGCAGAAAAUAGCUCUCAGACAGUUGAUAAGAGUUGGAGCCUGCAGCACCCAUUUGUUAAUAAUAGUGAGCCAUGUUUAAAUGUAGUGGAGGUGUUUGAGUGAAAGUUGGGAGUUGGAAAAAACAUUUUGUUUUCUUUAUGCAUAUGUAAUAUCAAGCAUAGUCCAAAUCCCUUUGCCAGGCAGAAUAUUCCUUCAACAUAAAAGCAGUGUGAAUAUCUCAAAUGCACACACAUAAACAUGGCUGAGCUUUAAUUGGGGGUAUUAUCUAUUUUGUGUACAUUAUAUAUUCUUUCUGAAAUACUAAGCCAAUAAUAAUUUUGAGCUUCAUAGCCUAACUGUGUACGCCUACACAUGUUCUCUAGAGGAGGCAUCUGAUAGCUGGUGAAUCUUUGAUCUGUGUCUUGCAGUGCUCUGUCCAUGGUUCUGGACCAUGAACCUGAUCAUGACUAUGAAAGAACAGCUGUUUUGUGCUGGGAGUCAAAGAUUUUGAGAUUUUGUCUUUGACUUCAUAGGAUUCUGCACUGCAUUUUUCAUAUUAUCCUGCUCUGAGUCUUCUCACUUUGGCCUCAAAACUCCAAGCUGUCAAAACAAACAGAAUGGCACAAGUCCUCUGUUUGAUCUAAUCUGUUUCACUAUGAAGUCUGAAAUAAGAUAGCUUUUUAAGUGCUGGUUGCUGAUCCAACCAUCUGGAGGCUGGUGGCUUGAGAACCACUGUGUCUCAUCAUAUCAGUUCCAAUAUAUCUGAGAGUUCUCUGUGCUGCUUCUCUCUCUCUCUCUCUCUCUCUCUCUCUCUCUCUCUCUCUCUCUCUCUCUCGUUCCCUCCCUCACUCGCUCCCUCUCUCCCUCUCUCUGUAGGUCUGGAGCUGCUUUACCAGCCAGAGGUGGUGAGGCUGUACCUGUCUCUCCUCACACGCAGUCAGAACCACAACACCCUGGAGGCAGCAGCUGGAGCUCUGCAGAACCUCGCUGCAGGACACUGGGCUGUGAGUGAAGGGCAAUCGGGGAAACAGUUGAUCUGAGGCUGUGGGAGAACACAGUGUUUGUUUCUCAUCCCCUUUCUCUUGCUCUCUCUCUUGCUCUCUGUGUGUGAAGGGUUGAUUACGUUUGACAUUUUAGUCAUUUAGCAGACGCUCUUAUCCAGAUAGUCAUAAGUAGCACAAUAGGACUGUACAACAUGUCAUACAUUACACCCUUCUAUUAUUGUCUCUCUCUGUGCCUUUUUCUCAGUGGUCCAGUUACAUCCGGGCCACAGUGAGGAAGGAGAAAGGUCUGCCUGUCCUGGUGGGGCUACUGCUUUCAGAUGGUGAUAAAGUGGUCCGGGCUGUAGCUAUUGCUCUCCGCAACCUGGCCAUAGAUCGCCGCAACAAAGACCUCAUAGGUACAUGCACGCGCACAGACACGCACGCACACACACACACACACACACACAUAUUUUACAAUUGUAUUUUCCCCCACAGGGAGCUAUGCCAUGAGGGACCUGGUCAGUAACCUGCCCUGUGGUCAGCAGCGGCCAGCCAAGAACCUGGAAGGGGACACAGUGGUGGCCAUUCUGAACACUAUCCAUGAGAUGAUCUCAGACAGCCCUGAGAAUGCCCAUGGUCUCAUACAGGGUCACGCCAUCCAGAAACUGGUAGCCAUCAACAAGACAAGGUAGAUUUUCAUAGCAUAGUAUCUUUGGUGUUGGUUUCAAUUGGCUAGAUGCUCAGUCCACAAUGCUGUGCGCUCUUAUUUAUGCUGGCUCUGGUUUAUUCGGUUGUUUCUUUGCUAGCCAAUCUGUGCGGGAGACCAAAGCAGCAUCUCAUGUCCUGCAGACAGUGUGGGCUUACAAGGACCUGAGAAACAGUCUCUACAAGGGAGGCUGGAACAAGAGUCACUUUAAGGUAUGGCAUGGCAUGCUGUAAAAGGCUCUAUUCCCCAUUCACUACACAGUCCAAAUGGGUGGCACAAACACAACUCUGUUAUUGACUUGUAACUUGAGCACUGUAUGAGACACAAUUAGUUCCUAAUGGCAUACUAUGUGUUCGUUCUUUUUUACUCUCAGCCAACAACUAGUGGAAUGCCCAAAAAACCUAAGAGCGGAAAGUCAGGCUAUGAUGACAUCACACUGCCUCUGAUGGAGAGAAAUCAAGGUCACCAUGAGACUGUAGCUUCAGCAUAAGUGUGGGUGUGCCUGUUCCUUGUUUGUCAUUUGAAUGUAAAAUGGCCUUUGUUUAUUGUAUUCUCUCUGUCUUUCCCACAGAUGGAUACUCCACUGUGGAGCAGAGUGACAGAGGGGGUGAUGGGCCAGGCCACAUGAUGGAGAGAGAGCCUCUCCAGGUCAGUAACACUGCACAGAUUAGCACCUUACUAUCAGUAAGGUCAGGAGUUAUUCAAUGGUGACUCACAAGAUUUAACUAAACACUUCUUCCAUUUGGUUGCAGAGUAUCCCAGAGAGGAAGCACUUCAUGCGGGCUGGAAGGCCUGCAGUGGGCCUGGUGGAGCGCAAACCUCCACCCCUUGACUCCUGGGUCUGAGGCUGGUAGAAGGGAUUGUAGUGCAGGUAAAUCCAAUUUCACGUAACUAUUUUAGGAUUGAUGUUUUACACGUUGGUGUGAUGCACAUACUUUGUCUUUUUUCUUUUUGCAGGAGAUGUGA